AAUGACGUCGCUAUAACGAAACAGGAGUAGACCCAGAUGCAGACACAGGACGCAGAUGGUUCGAGUCUCAGAGAUGUAAUAUAUAUAAGGGGUAGGCAAAUGACAGGUCCAGGUCAUGCAGAGAUCAGUAAUCCUAAUAAGAGUCAGGCAGGCGAAGAACGGCAGGCAGGCUCAGGAUCAGGAACGCCAACAGUGGCGGACGAACAUCUGGGCCGAGGGUAUGUUGACUUCUUCCUCUUCCUCAGGGAAGGAACACUCGAAGGGCGAGAGACCGGUGGCCGAGCAGGGAAGGGUGUUGCGGGGGUACUCCACCCACACAAGUUGCUGGCUCCAGGUGGUGGGGUUUGCAGAGACGAGGCAAUGAAGAGUCUCCCGCAGGUCCUGAUUGUCUCACUCCGACUGGCUGUUAGAUUGGGGAUGAAACGCGGAGAACAGGCUGGCCGAUGACUUGGCUGAGGGCAACUUGGGAAGGGGAAUUAAAUGUGCGGCUUUGAAAAACCUAUCCACAACCAUAAGGAUGGUGGUGUAGCCAUCUGACAGGGGGAGAUCAGUGACACAGUCCAGUGAUAUAUGGGACCAGGGGCGGUGAGGAACAGGGAGUGGUCGAAGGAGGCCAGCCGGAGCUGCUGAGUCUUGUUCUGUGUGGACACAGUACAGGAGGUGACAAAUACGGAGAUAAGAAACGGUGGCAGAAACAUUAUGUACAAAAUAAGUUACAAAUAAUGCAAAAAAAAACACAAUAGCACAAUGUGAUAGGAAAGCAUCCAACAGGAAGGUGUGAGAAUUGGCAGGAAACAGAGACUGUGGAGCAUGUAUUGAUACAGUGUGGGCAGUAUCAGAAGAAAGAGAGAGGCUGAUAUCUAGUAGGAGGGAGAAGGUGAACCAGGAAAUUAGUUCAAAGAGAAUAUUGAGUAGAACAUCAUUAGAUAUAGUCUGAAAUGUGUUUUUUUUUAAAGAGCAACGGGGCUGAAAGGUAGGAUUUAGUUCCUCCUCUUCUCUGGCCCACACUCCAGUAGAGUAGGUGGCGGUAAAGCACCAUUACCGUCGGAUGCCAACAGCGAAUAAAUACCACCAAAGAAGAGGAAAGGCGCACCUUCUGUUUCGCCGAAAAAGAAGUUGGAGCUGUUUCACUUUACUGAAGAUUUUAGCUAGCUAGCUAACUAUAAUAUCAUUCGAAAUGGACGGCCAGCGCUGGUUGCCACUGGAAGCCAACCCAGAUGUGAUGAACCAAUUUCUGCGACAGUUGGGUUUGCUGCCGACCUGGCAGUUUGGCGACGUGUAUGGGAUGGACCCAGAGCUUCUGAGCAUGGUACCCAGGCCUGUGUGUGCUGUCCUGCUGCUCUUCCCUGUCACAGAGAAGUAUGAGUCUUUCAGGCUAGAGGAGGAGGCCAAGAUCAAGGCCCAGGGCCAGGAAGUCUCCCCAGAUGUCUACUUCAUGAAGCAGACAAUCGGCAACGCCUGUGGAACAAUAGGCUUAAUUCACGCUGUAGCCAACAACCAGGAACAUCUGGAAUUUGAGACUGACUCUCCACUGAAGAUGUUCCUGGUUCAGUCCACUAAACUGAGCCCAGAGAACAAGGCCACCUUCCUGGAGAAAGAUGAGAGCAUCCGUGUUACACAUGAAUCUAGUGCACAGGAAGGACAGACCGAGGCACCAAGCUUGGAUGAAAAAGUGGACUUGCAUUUCAUUGCCUUUGUGAAUGUUGGGGGACAUUUAUAUGAACUGGAUGGCCGCAAGCCUUUCCCUAUUGCCCAUGGGAAAACAUCAGAAGUCCGCUUUCUUGAGGAUGCAACAGAGGUGUGUAAGACAUUCAUGGCUCGGGACCCCCAGGAGCUUCGCUUCACAGUGGUGGCCCUGUCCAAGGCAUGAACACGGCACUCACCGAAAGAGAAGAAAAUACGACUGCCAAUCAUUCUCAAGUGCUGAAUUUUGUUAGCUCAUUAGCAUUUUUACUGAAUAGGUUAGCAUGUGGUAUGAUGACAAAAGGUUAACUGUAAAAAUAUAUAUAAUUAAAGUAAGCUAAGCUUGCGAGGAAUCAGUAGCCUGGUUCUAAAAACGAUUCGAUUGUCAGAUUAAAAGUUGUCAUGCAACUGAAAGUUAUUGAAGUGUGUGCCAUCACUACUUCCCCAUUGCCCCUUAGUACUUUGAAUGAUUUAGGCUGAAGUUGCUCCGAGACACUGUCCUUGGGUCAGUUAUGCAACCCAACUUAUGGGUAAGGUGAUCCUAAAUCUGUACAUAGGGAAACCUUCACCCACCCCAGAUCACUUACAACGCUGCAGUAUUACUGUAGUGGUAAUUGAGCUUUCAGUUGGACUAUUCUGACCCUGCACUAAAGUAUACAGGCCAUUAGGCACUGGACAAUUGCUCUGAUUUCCAAUCUUGUGUAACCUUUCAAAGAUGAUACUGACAGCUGUGGUAAGGUGUAUGCAAAAAUUCCAUUCUAACAGAAUUUUUUGUUUUUGUUUUCCUCUGCAGAAAUUAGAAAUGCAGAAAAGCGUCCGUUUCAUUGGCUUGCAAUGUAUUGAACAACUUAUUUAAAGACCCAUUGCAGAUAUUUUUUCUCUAUUAAACCAUUUCUCUAACAAUUAAGUACCAUACUUAAUUUUCAAUUAAAAUUAUAAAAAAGAAACUUGAAAUUGCUUCUUAGCAAGAGCAAUUUCUCAAGCAGGAAUAUUGCUAGAACUGUGAGUGGGGAAGGGAACUGAAAACAAGCUGUUAUUGGCAGAGGUUUGGAACUCUUUUUCUUAUUGGUGAUGUCACCAGGCAGAACAAAACUCCAUUCCACCAAAACCGGCUGAAAUUUCAGGUGGUCUUUUCAAAAAGCUCUUACACUAACAGGGCAUUCUCAUUUUCACAGUAUACUUCCAACCUCAUUGUGUGGAAAUGUAUAUAAAACAGGAAAAUCAGUUUUGACUGCAAUGGGCCUUUACAUAUGUUUUGAUGGUUGAUUGACAUGGGGAGUGGUAAAAAGACGUGAUAUAGCUACUACCACUGACAUGGUGCCUACCUUUUGUAAAAACUGGCAAAUUAAAAUACCAAAAUGGU